AUGGAGCUUUUUCCCGAAUUUCUUUUCGCACACUUUUUAUCUCAUGUUGAAUAUUGUUUAAUUUCAUGCCAAGAUCAUUUGAAAGUAAAAUCUAUUCCUGAAGCAAGUGAACGUUUUGUUUUAGGAUCACCAAGUUCAUAUGGUCAUAUUAGUGCUGUUCUUUCAGUCUAUGGUGAUUUAGUAUAUGAAGCUGAGUUGAAAGUUCAUCGUACAAACACAUCAACAUCAUAUCAUUCUAUUAUAAAAGACAAUCACGGAUCACCGUAUAAAUUACAACAGAUACAAGAUUGUUUAAAUUAUGUCACAAAAUCCCUUGAAAAAAUAAAAUCUGCAAAAAUUUCCGCAAGUGAAAAUGAUCUAACUGAAAGUCAAUCGUUUUUAUUCGAAUUAUUCUCCUACAUUCGAGAUGCUAAAGAUUGUUUAACCCAACCACCGCGUAAAACUAUUGAAGAGCAUCUGGCCAAUCCUAGUCGAAGAUGUUUUUAUCCACCUAUACCGAAAGAUAUUGUCUUAAGCAUGUUUAUACGUGGUUGUUCAUUAGUGUUUGCUGCGUAUAACUUAGUUUACAAUAGUUUGGAUAAACGAUGGGAAGUUUUAAAUCGAUCAAGCAUUGAAUGUGUGAUACCAAGACUACAGGAGACUUUAUCGUAUUUAGACGCAUCUAUGAACACCUUGAUGUAUCUAAUGAAUAAACGUAAUAUUUUAUAAUUCAUGGAUUGAAUUUAAUCCUGUUAAUUUUAUGUUUUCUCUCCCUCAUACUUGUUUAUAUUUUAUUUUAUUUCCUUAUUUGAUUUAUUUGAGUCUUCAUUUUAUUGUCGUUAGUGAUUUUGUUUUCUAAACAGUAGCCUGCUGUAGUCUUUAUAAUACAGUAUUCCAAAGGCAAAAGCGCACUGAUUUUCGUUAUUUAGGAUUUUCACAAUUUAGAUGCAUAUUUAUCUUUUGGUUGUAUGCAAUUCAUUUGUCAAAUACAAGUUUAUGUGCUGAAUUUUUAGCUACACUUCAUGUGAGAGCUAGUGAAUAAUAUUCUACAGUCAAUGCCAAAUUAAUUGUUAUGAGAUUCAAACCUGAUGCCUCCUGGUUGACUUCUGACUAUGGUCACCACCAAACUACUGAAAGUUACAUUGUUUCUAUUUCUCAUGUAAUUUUUUGAAGUGUUCAGAUCUCUGUCAUACUAUAAGGACCUACCGUUCUUACUAGUAAGUGGCGUAAGCUGACAAUAUAAUGAAACUAAUUAAUUAUUCCCUGCUUCAAUAUUCAGUCCAUUCCUUCGAUUACAAACAUGCAUAAUAUUGACUUGAAACAUUGAUUUUAAUCACUCCUACUUUUUGAGUUUUCUUUUAUCAAAUAAAAUAUAUUCUUCUGGAUAAGUGGUGGAUUCUACAGAAAUUACUGUCAAUAUAUUAUCUUUAUUAUAUACGUCGAAUAAAUGGUUUUUAAUUUUAUGACUCAAAAUGUAUGUUUUUUUGUAAAGUACUAUACACGUAAUUCGCGGAAUAGUGUAAUGUGUUUUGUUGCCAUUCGACGCA